AUGUCGCACGAGACCUCCGCCGCGGUCGCCAGCAUCUUGUCCAACUUUGCCAAGCAGUACACGCCUCUGGAGCCUGAUUCGUUCCCUGCCCUCGCCAGCGCAAAUGGCACCAAGAACAACAAGGUCACCCUUCCGGGCGCCGACACAAUAGAAAAGCGUACCUUGGAGCGUGAGCUUACGAGCCUCGCGGCACGCAUCCACUUCCUCGAGGCUCGCGCGGCCAGUGGAACCAGUUCCCUCCCCAUAACACCCAACGAACCUCUAGCGUCUGCCUUUGCGGACAGCCCCUCAUCGCCUCGCGGCGCCCACAACCAACAUCGUCAACGAUCGUCAUCAUGGGUCAACCAUCUCUUGGCGAAGAGCGAAGGUGAACAGCAUCCACGACAGCUCACCGAGGAACAGUUUGCCUUCCUCCGUGAUCACAUCGACCAGCAAGCCCAGGAGAUCAAGACGCAGAAGGACUUUAUCGACGGGAUCAAGUCCCAGCUGACCCAUCAGCAGACAGCUACCAAGGCUGCACUGGACACUCUCGGUAACUCGCAGUCUAUAGAGCAGUUGAAGCGGGAAAUCGAGAAGAAUGCACAGAUCAAUGCCACCUACCAAAAGGUGCUCCGAGAGAUUGGCACAAUCAUCACCGCCGUGGCAAAUGGAGAUCUCAGCAAAAAGGUGCUCAUCCACGCCACCGAGAAAGACCCGGAGAUUGCGAGGUUCAAGCACACAAUCAACAAAAUGGUGGACCAGCUGCAGGAGUUUGCGAGUCAGGUCACACAUCUCGCAAAAGAAGUCGGUACUGAAGGGCGUCUUGGUGGACAGGCGGUGGUGCCUGGUGUGGACGGCAUCUGGGCCGAGCUUACGCAGAAUGUAAACGUCAUGGCGCAGAACUUGACAGACCAGGUGCGAGAAAUUGCAGUGGUGACAACAGCUGUCGCGCAAGGCGAUCUCAGCCGAAAGAUCCAACGACCGGCAAAAGGAGAGAUUCUCCAACUCCAGCAAACGAUCAAUGAAAUGGUGGGCCAACUUCGAACUUUCGCUACGGAAGUUACGCGAGUAUCUCGUGAUGUCGGAACCGAAGGUGUCCUUGGCGGGCAAGCCCAGAUUGAGGGUGUACAGGGCAUGUGGAAUGACCUCACUGUCAACGUCAACGCCAUGGCCAACAACCUAACCGCACAGGUUCGCGAUAUUGCAGAGGUCACGACUGCUGUUGCCCGUGGCGAUCUUACGCAGCAAGUCAAAGCGCAAUGCAAAGGUGAGAUCCUAGCACUAAAGACAACCAUCAACUCCAUGGUACACCAACUUCGGCAGUUCGCACAUGAGGUCACGAAGAUUGCAAGAGAGGUGGGUACAGAAGGCAAGCUUGGAGCCCAGGCUACUGUACAUGGCGUCGAGGGUACCUGGAAAGACUUGACGGAGAACGUCAAUGGCAUGGCCAUGAACUUGACUACUCAAGUGCGAGAAAUCGCAGAGGUCACGACUGCAGUCGCUCAAGGUGAUUUGAGCAAAAAGGUCGAAGCUGAGGUACAAGGUGAAAUCCUCGCUCUGAAAAUCACCAUCAACGGCAUGGUUGAUCGUUUAGGCACAUUUGCCUUUGAGGUCAGCAAAGUCGCCCGGGAGGUGGGAACUGAUGGUGUGCUGGGAGGACAAGCCGAGGUCGCCAACGUGGAAGGCAAAUGGAAGGAUUUGACUGACAAUGUGAACACCAUGGCCAACAAUCUGACCGGCCAGGUACGAAGCAUCUCCGAUGUUACACAAGCCAUCGCUCGGGGAGAUAUGAGUCAACGUAUCAAGGUCCAUGCAAAGGGCGAGAUACAGACUCUCAAGGAUACGAUUAACGACAUGGUGACAAGGCUCGAUGCCUGGUCGCUCGCCGUGAAGCGUGUUGCUCGAGACGUCGGUGUGGAUGGCAAGAUGGGCGGUCAAGCUGAGGUUGAAGGCAUCACCGGAAGAUGGAAGGAGAUCACUACGGACGUCAACAUCAUGGCGCAGAAUUUGACGUCCCAAGUGCGCGCUUUCGCCGACAUCACACACGCUGCCAUGAAAGGAGACUUUACGAAGAUGAUCAACGUUGAGGCAUCUGGCGAGAUGAAUGAGCUGAAAAACAAGAUCAACAAGAUGGUACUCAACUUGCGCGAAAGUAUCCAGAAGAACAAUCAAGCAAGGGAGGCCGCCGAGUUGGCCAACAAGACCAAAUCCGAGUUCCUGGCAAACAUGAGUCACGAGAUUCGCACGCCCAUGAACGGCAUCAUUGGCAUGACACAGCUCACGCUGGACACAGAAUUGGAGCAGAACCAGCGGGACAUGCUCAACAUCGUGUUCUCGCUCGCCAACAGCUUGCUAACCAUUAUCGACGACAUCCUUGACAUUUCCAAAAUCGAAGCAAACCGCAUGAUUCUCGAGGAAGAGCCCUUUUCACUGCGAGGACUUGUUUUUAACAGUUUGAAGUCACUGGCUGUGCGGGCCAACGAAAAGGACAUUAGCCUGGUCUACGACACRGAUAGCUCAGUGCCCGACUACAUUGUUGGUGAUUCGUUCAGAUUACGGCAGAUCAUUCUUAACCUGGCCGGUAACGCGAUCAAGUUCACCGAGCACGGAGAAGUUCGCGUCAAGAUCUUCUCCGACCACAGCGUCAGAUGCACUGAUGGAGAAGUUGUGGUCAAAUUCGCCGUGUCCGAUACAGGCAUCGGAAUACACUCCAACAAAUUAGACCUCAUCUUUGACACCUUCCAACAAGCGGACGGAUCAACGACACGCAAAUUUGGAGGCACUGGCUUGGGUCUCUCCAUCUCCAGGAAGCWGGUCACGCUAAUGCGCGGUAAAAUGUGGGUYGAGUCAACCUACGGCUCUGGCAGCACAUUCUUCUUCACCUGCGUUGCACGUCUUGGUAAUCCCGACGUCGCAAAGGUCAUGCCUCAACUACAGCAGUAUCGGAAGCACAAUGUGCUCUUCGUUGACAACGGCAACACAAAUUCCUCCGACUCAAUUGCGAACAGCAUCAGAGCCUUGGACCUAGUACCGUGCGUCGUUGGUAAUGGCAAGGUCUCCGCGUCCGAGCUCAGUCCUGAUGACCAGUAUGACUGUGUCAUCGUCGACAACAGCGAGACAGCUCUGAAGCUUCGCAGUCUGGAACGUUUCAAGUACAUCCCAAUUGUUAUGGUGGCGCCGGCCAUCUCGGUAAACUUCAAGACCGCGUUGGAAAACGGUAUCUCGAGCUACAUGACUACUCCGUGUUUGCCCAUCGACCUUGGCAACGCGCUCAUCCCCGCGCUCGAAGGUCGUGCUGCCCCAAUGUCCGCUGACCACACCCGAACGUUCGACAUUCUCCUAGCAGAAGAUAACGCCGUGAACCAGAAGCUGGCCGUGAAAAUCUUGACAAAGCACAAUCACAAGGUUACUGUUGCCAAUAAUGGACUAGAAGCGUUUGACUCCAUCAGGAAGAAGCGUUUCGAUGUAGUGCUCAUGGACGUGCAAAUGCCCGUCAUGGGAGGCUUCGAAGCAACCGCCAAGAUCCGCGAAUAUGAGAGGACACAUGAGCUGGCUCGGUCCCCCAUCAUCGCACUCACAGCGCAUGCUAUGCUUGGCGAUCGGGAGAAGUGUAUCCAAGCGCAGAUGGACGAGUACCUGUCCAAGCCGUUGAAACCCAACCAGCUCAUUCAGACGAUUCUGAAGUGUGCUACCCUAGGUGAUCACAACAGACUACUCACGACUGCCAAACGGCCGGGCCUGAACGAACGAGGAUAUACGGAGAACGGACYACCCGGUCUGGAAAGCCCGGCAAUAGUGACUGCCGAGCAAGACGAUCCAAUGAUUCGAGAGAGUCUCGUCCGUGCGCACAGCAGUUGA